AUGAGCACAUUUUUUCUGAUUCUUAUUGCAUCAGUAAGAGGGGAAUGGUAAGUCUACUAUAAUGGUUUUCAUUAAUCGAACUAUCUUAAUUGCGCUUCUAAUACUUGCCCCUAUUCAUUCAAAUUUAGUCAGACAUAAACUAGCGCUCUGUUUUCAAAUUGUACAAAUCCUAUAGGAACAGCAUUAAUUUUAAAAUCCUCCUAAAUGAUGGCUAGUAUAAGCGAAUAACUCAACACUUUGAAAGCAAACGCCAUAAACCACAUUUUAAAUUUAGAUGUAUACUUUCUUACUUAGUGGAAUGGAGAUUACUUGAAAAUAGCGUAUAAAACUUAGAACUACUAGUUUUAAUUUACCACACAGAAUCCUUUAUAAUUUAGUUUAGGAGGCUGUAAUUCAAGUUAACAUGAAGUAAAGACAAUUCAAAUAGCAUUAUCAGAAUUCACAUCUAUGAAUGAUUUAAAAUUUAGUAUCGUUAAUGAAUCAAACUUGGCUUUAAUUAAAAAUGUUCAUUUAUCUUAUUAUUUAUGUCAUCCUACUUGUAGAAAUUGUACAGGAGAUAAUUAUAAUUAAUGCACAUCAUGCUUUCCAGGCGUUAGCUUAGUUGAUGGUAUAUGUCGAUGUCCCAUCAGAACUAUUUUAACUGGUGGGCCACCAUCAGAUUAUAGAUGUUUGAGCUUUUGUUUGUAAACAUAGACAGAUAGAAGAGAGAGAUAUUGCAAAGCUUAUGAAACAUAAAAUCUACUUUGGCUUUCGCUUACAACCUACAGCUACGCAUAACUAAUUUAGUGGAAUAUAAUUUAUGAUCCUGCAAAUUUAAGCAAAAAUAGUAAAAAGUUGGGAUAAUUUUUUGGAGUUUUCAAAAAUAAUGAAGGAGCUUAUGUGACAAUUAAUACAACUUAAUUUUUAUAUCCCAUGAGCUUAUAACUUUAAGUUUUAUUUUGUAAUGCCACUCCAAUCAACUCUGGAAUUUCGAUUUAUAUAAAUUAAACAUAUUAUUCUUCAUUUUAUUAUAAUGGAGCCAAUUUUGAAGGAGACAAUAUGUAUAUUUUUGGUUUUAGCGGAGCAACAUAUACCGGAUGUUAAAAAGCUACAAAGUAUAUUUUGUAAACAAAUCUCUAUGUAGAACAAGGAAAUUUUAAUUUUUCAAUUAAAGGAAAUUUUACAAAUUCUAAUUCUGGAUGGUACAUUAUUUAUUGUUUCAUUACAAGCGCUUAAUGUCCUGCAUUUUGUUUAAAGUGUGAAAAAGAAUAUGAAUGUUCUAUUUGCCAAAAUGGCUAUAAAAAAGUCUCUGAUGGAAAAUGUGUCUUAAGUUGCCCUAAAGAUUCAUUAUUUUUAAAUAAUGUUUGCAUUAAAUAUGAUUAAACCACUAAAUGUAUAUCACUUAGUAUAUUUUUAGAUUCAUAAUACUAUAUGAGACUCUUCAUUGAUUUUACAGUUCCUUACAAUAUACAUGAAACCUUUAUUUUGGAGUCCUCAACUAGCAAAGAUCUUUAAAAAGGAGAAUUAGUAUAUUGGUCAUACAUAUCUUCAAAAGCAGUAUUCGGAGGGUAAUAUGUUUGGGCAACGGCAAAAUUUUCUUAAGUAUAUACGAUAGAUAAGCCACAUCAUUCUUUAACAAUUUAUUUUGAUGCAAUUUUUGGAUGUAAUUUUUAGAGCAGUGGAGGUUAUUUAAAAUACUCAUUUAAUAAUAUAGUAUCUUAAGUGAAUUCGAAUUAGACAGUAACAAUAACAAUUUCAUAAUAUUCCCCUACAUUAUCAAUAUCUUUUGAGUGUUUUGGAUAAAAUAAUAAUGUGAAGGAUAAGUAUUGUGCCUUUUCUGAUUAUUAAAUUGUUGUCCAUUAUUGUAGUCCAUUUUGUUUAUAAUGUUCAGAUGAAAAUACAUGCACUUAAAUGGAUACUUUUGAUAAUUAAGUAAUUAAAUUAGACCCAUCUCAGUGUGGUCCUUAAUAAUAUCUCGAUUAUUAAUAUUUUAAAUGUGAGAGUUGCCCUUAAGAAUGCGAAGCUUGUUUUAAUGAAUAUGAAUGCUCUUAGUGCAUUUAUCCAUAUAAACUAUAUAUUACCAAAUGUAUAUUAAUGUGUUUGACAAAUUAAUUUUUCAAUAUCCAAACAUAAUUAUGUGAAGACUGCAGUUUUAGAUGUAAAUAAUGUAGAAAUUAAAGAGAUUUAUGUAUCCAUUGUGAAGAAUGGCAUUACCGUUAUUUGUAUCUAAAUUAAUGCAUAUGUUAUGAUGGAUAUUAUGAUGAUAACCAUGGGGGUAAAUGUUAAGUUUGCAAUAAAUUAUGUAAAAAAUGUUAUGGAUCAUCUAAUGAUCAUUGUACUUAAUGUAUUUAGCUAGAUAAAGUUGAGAAAAAAGGUGAUAUUUGCGAUUGCUAAGAAGGAUAUUAUUUUGAUGAUUCUAGUUUUAAAUGUAAUUUGUGCCAUGAAAAAUGUUAGACUUGUUUUUCAUCAUUUGAUAAUUCAUGCUUGAGUUGCAAUCCAAACGAAUACAGAAGGUUAUAGGGACUAACAUGCAUUUGUUUAUUAGGUUAUUAUGAAAAUAAUGAUUCUUGUCAAGUCUGCCCAUCAUCCGAAGAUGCAAAUAUAUCAUAAUGUUACAAAAAGUGUGGAAAUCAGAUAAUUAAAUGGCAUAAUUAAUUGUGUGAUCAAAUCACAUGUUAGGCGGGUUUCUAGAAUGUUGAAAAUUAAUGUACAUCAAUAUGUGGAGACUUAUUAUUAUCAGGUGAUGAAGAAUGUGAAGAUGGAAACUAAAAAAUUAAUGAUGGGUGCACAAAUUGUAAAUUUUAGUGUCCAAAAUAAUGUUUGACCUGUAAUCUUCUAACAGUUUUUCCUUGCUCAGAUAUAUGUGGAGAUGGUAUCAUAAGUGAUCUUGAAGAAUGUGAUGAUGGUAAUAAUAUCUAAUUUGAUGGAUGCUAUCAAUGCAAAUUAGAAUGUUAAACCUCUUGUACAAGAUGCAUAAGAGGUUUGUGCUAUGAAUGUUUAACUUAUGGUUGGAUUAUAAAUAUUGACACUUUAUAAUGUAUAGAGAAUUGUGGAGACUCUAUUGUUAUAGGAUCAGAGGAAUGUGAUGAUGGAAAUAAUCUGGACGAAAACGAUAAUUGUUAUUAAUGUAAGAGGCUAUGUAGAAAUGAUUGCAAAACGUGCAGUCCAGAUGGAAAAAUUUGUUUAGAUUGUUAAGUUAUUGGAUUCAAACCCUAAAGCUACUAUUGUGUUAACACUUGUGGGGAUGGGUACCUUGCAGUCGAUCCAUAUGGAAGAAAUUCAGAAGAAUGCGAUGAUUUUAAUAUAGUUGCUAAUGAUGGAUGCAGCACAACUUGCAAAUAUUAAUGUUAAACUACCAUUUGUAAGGUUUGCCAAAAUGGAAAAUGUUUAGAAUGUAUAGAUCAUUAUUACCUUAAUACAAAUAAUAAUAAAUGUUUAGAAAUUUGCAAUGAUAAUGUUAAAGUUGGAUAUGAAAAGUGUGAAGAUAUGAAUACUUUACUUUAUGAUGGCUGUUAUAACUGUUAAUUAUCUUGUCAACCUAGUUGUUUAAAUUGUCAAACUACUGGCUGUUUGCAAUGUUAAGUAGGAUUCAGAUUGAUUGAAAAUAAAUGCCAAAAUAUUUGUGGAGAUGAAUUAAUUGUCUCUGGUGAAGAUUGUGAUGAUGGUAAUAUAAGCCCUUAUGAUGGUUGUCAUUUUUGUUAAUUUCAUUGCGGUUUUAAUUGCUAAGUAUGUUAAUCAGGAAGAUGUUUAGGUUGUUAAUUAGGAUUUAAAUUAUUUAAUGGAGUAUGUGUAAUUUAAUAAAGUAAAAAAACUUUAAUUACUCAGCAAGAAUAUCUUUUAUAAUAAAAUUAGAUGAGUUAAUCUUAUAUAUAAUAUUGUCACUAUUAGAUCAAUGAUAUUUGUAUCAUCUGUGAUGAUUACUAUUACUUAAAUGCAAAUAGGUCUAAAUGUGAGAGUAAAUGUGGAGAUAAUUACAUUAAUGAUCUAGAGUAGUGUGAGCAUAAUUUAAUAAAAAAUGAUAUUAUUUGUUCGAACUGCCAAUUCUAAUGUAAAGAUAAUUGUAUUGAAUGCUUGUUCGGCUUGUGUCAAAAUUGUGAAUAGGAUUAUCUGCUGAUUGAAUAAACUAAUGAAUGCCUUCUAAAAUCUAAGUGUGAUCCUGAAUAUGGUCUUUACUACAACAUUUUAAUUAAUUAAUGUUACGACAUAUGUGGGGAUGGAGUAAAAUCUAUCUACGAAGAAUGUGAAGACGAUAAUGUUGAUCCAUAUGAUGGUUGUUUUUAAUGUAAAUAUUCUUGUAAUCCUCUAUGCCCAUUAUGUAUAGCUGGAGUUUGUACAGAUGAUGGCACUGUUUGCCAGAAAGGUUAUUAUUUUGAUAAAUCGAUCGGAUCUUGUUUUAGUGCUUGUGGUGAUGAAAUGAAAGCAACAGAUGAAGAAUGCGAUUUGCUAAACACCAGAAAAUGUUUAAAUUGUAAAUUAAUCAUCGACAAGAAUUGCAAGACAUUAGAUGAAAAUAAUUAAUGUCUGGUUUGUUAAGAUGGUUUUGAAUUAUUGGAUGAAUUAUGCGAACCAAAAACAACUAAAAAAUGUGAUAUCCGAAACUGUAUUGCUUGUGAAAAUAAUAUUUGCAUUCAAUAUCUAACCGAUGCUACUAAUAAUACUAAUACUAAUAAUAAUAAUAACACUUUAGAAAAUUUAAGCCAAGCUAAGUGUGGAGAUGGGGAUAUCAAUUAAAAUGAAUUAUGUGAUGAUGGAAAUUUAAUUAAUGGGGAUGGAUGCGAUUCAGACUGUUAACCUUCAAAAAAUAGCCUUUGCUAAUUAAAUGAAUGCAUAUAAAUCUUUCAUCCUGUUCCUUAAUUAAAAUUUGUUAAAUAAAUUGAGAAUUGCUAAGUUCUAACCUUAUUUUAUGAUUAAAAAGUUAAACUCUCUCCUGGCAGUACAUUAGAAUAAUACUUAAACUCAUUGUCAGGUUCAAUUGUAAACACUAAGUUAAAUGUUACAAUUGAAGCAAAAUCUAAACUCUCUUAAGAUUUAGACUAUUUUGAAAUCUUAAUAAAAAUUUAGUACUUAGAGAAAGUUGUUGAUCCUGUCUUCUUUCUAAUUUUUCAAAAUCUAAGCAUCAUCAUAAAUGAAUAAGAAUUAGAAUAAGAAUGUUAGCAAUUAUCUUUAUAACUAGCAUCUCCUAAUUUUUUAUCAACUGAAGAAUAAUAAACUACUGUAUCUCUCAUUUAAUUUAGUGAAUAUCAAAUUUAAAUUAUAGUUGGAUUAGUAAUAAUCUCAUCUUUAAGUGGAAAAUUUUAAAUCAUAGAAAAUUAAAUAGAAAUGAUGUAAAUGCUAUAUUAUUACAAAUACAUUAAUAUUGUUAAGGGAUAAAAUUUGAUAAAAUUUUUUGAUACAUUUAAAAUUAUUUAAUUAGCAAACCUUUACAAAUUCAUUGGAUUUUAACCCCAAUCCUUUAGUAUUUUCAAUGUAAGUUAGGAAAAUUCACCGUCAAUCUUUGAGGAUGAUGGAAGAACCUCAAAUUUUUUGUGCACUUUUUUAGAAAUAUUAUCUAUCUUUUUCGUAGCAUAUUUCAGCCAUUUAUUCUCUUAAAUAAUAAUAAGAUGA